ACAGUAGCAUAUGCUUUUUCCCACAUUUACUUCAAAUGUGUCAAAUGUCAAGUUGAAAAAUUUUGUUGAAAGAAAAAGAAAAAUUGUUUUUUGGAACUAAAAUCGUGCAAUCGGGGUGCAUUGGUGGGUGAAAAGUGCAAGAACAUUGUGGGAAAUGUCAUCAUCGUUGGGUAUUGAGUGCCCCUCGACACCGGAACACUUGGAUUUCCCCCCGACACCCGAUCGAAAUGACGUACAAGACGUGAAUUCGCCCUCGCAGGGCUCCGAUCAGGAACCCGUGGAAACACCAGCGUCUCCGCCCCCCAAUUGCGCCAUUUGUCUGGGGCAGUGUCGCAAUAAGAGCUUCACGGAUUCAUGCCUGCAUCAAUUUUGCUUCAAAUGCCUCCUUGAGUGGAGUAAGGUGAAAGCUGAGUGCCCCCUUUGCAAGCAAGCCUUCAAAUCCAUCAUUCACAAUGUACGCAGCAUUGAUCAAUUUGAUGAGCAUCUCGUGCAUCCGCAGCAGUCAAUCCUGCAGCGAUUGGACUUCCUCCUAUCGGAACCACCGAGAUUCAGAUUCAGUGCUACCCUGCAGGUGGGGCCAUCGGAAAAUGAGGCAAUUCAGCGCUUCUUUGCCCCCACGGGAAACAGAUUUAUCCAUCCCUAUCGCUUCCGGCAACUUGUCUACACCAAUCACCUCUAUGCUGAACCCCUGACGGAUAUAACUGGACGCUACCGGGAGUGCUCUGCUCGCUUCUACAGGGACAAUCCAGCACAAAUCCACCGUCUAAUGCCAUUCAUAACCCGGGAAGCACGCAGCCUCCUCGGAUCGGAGGAGCAGGCUUCAACAGCCGUAUCGCAGCUCCUUAUUCUCCUCACACUACAUGACAUUACAUCGACGGCCUUCAAGAAUCGCAUGCGUCCCUUCUUUGGCGAGAACACAGAUCACUUCAUCCACGAACUCUUCAACUUUGCGCAGGCACCGUACGAUCUGAUUGGCUAUGACAACAACGUUCGAUACGUUGGCCGCAAUGGGGCCGUAAGUGGCGGUGACUACAGACGCCCCAUGGACAUUCCCGUAAGCGUCAGUGCCCCCAUUGAGACUGACGACACCAUAGCCGUUGCCCCGAGUGAAGUGGCCCCACCACCGGCACAGUCAAGUGGGCCCUCGUCAAUGGGACGUGAUCCACGGAAUUCGGUUAUUUUCCAAAUGGGACGAAACAUUGAGAUUAGCUCCACAUCCUCGUCAGACAGCGAUGAUUGUCAAUUUGUGUUGGAACUGAAGCCCCCGCAUCUCCGUACGCCUGAAAUGGUGAGCCUCAAUUCCGAGUCAGACAGCGAUGUUGUCUUUGUGGAGGAAACGAGAAAGUCUCCAAAGCCUCAACCCCAGGUAGCAGCGGAAGUAAUUGUAACGGGAGAAGGUCCUUCGGGGAUCAUCCCAACGGCUUCCUCAUCGUCAUCCACACAGACAGCCAUCACGACAAUGCCACUGAUUCCAAAGUUGCGCAUCCGGGCAUUCCACACGUCCCAGGCGCGUAUUUGUCACACAGAUGACUCCGAGCAGGAGGAGGUGAAACCCACAGAUGUGACUGUGGGUGGGGAUAGUAGUAGCGGAAGCUUGGGGACACGUCAGAAGCCAAGCCUUCCGUCAACAUCACGGCGUCGGCCACGUUUUACGCGUCAACCCAAACGGCUGUCACCAUCAUCUUCCUCCUCAUCGCAAUCGUCCGAAAUUGCCAGCGAAAAUUCCUCCUCAGACAGCAGCAGCCUUUCGUGCAAUCUCACCACGAGUGUCAGUGCGAAGAAGCGACAGUACACCAUGUCCAGCACCACCUCAUCGGAUACCUCAUCGUGUGACGAAUCGAGCCAUGAGGAGUUCACGGUGUCGUCCAAGACGCGCAAGAAAAUGACGCGUUUCGGGAGCUUUCGCAGAAAGCACACGGCACGGAAGGAUGCAUCAUCCGGUGCAGAUGAUGGGAAGACCGUCCGGAAAAAUGCUCGUGCCGGGAAGAGACGCAAAGCCGAACGGAGGGUGUACAAAAGAAUCACAAAGAUGCGAAAAGUUCGACGGAUCUCCGAGAGUGACAACUGAAAAGGCAACUCCAAAUGAGAUUUUUAAAGCUCACGAGACAAAUUGCAAAAAAAAGGAUAGAGAGGUUUGUGUGAUGUGCGUGCGUAUGAAAAUUGACAAAUUAAAAAAAAAAAAGAAGAAAAAUCCCUUUAUUAGAUGAUAAAUUAUGAUGGUACAGAUUUACCCGGAGAAAGACGUUUUAUUUGAAAUUAAUCACUCGAUUCUGUAGUAAAAAUUAUUCAGGACAUCAACCAAUUGCUAUAAAAAAGAAUUACAGACAGCGCCCUCAUUAUCCAUAAAUCUUUUUUGUGGUGAAUUACUUAAGCUUUUUCUUCAUUUGCUUUAGCAGUUGAAUGAUACUCCAAACUCCAUAAAAAAAAAGAAGAUUUAUAGGACAAUUUUUGAAACAAAAGGCGUUUUUGUAGCAUAUUGAGCAUAUUUACAAUAGGGCCCAUAUUUUUUUUAUAAUUGCACAAGUUGCAAAGUUUUGUAAUAUUCUGUUAAAAAAUGAAUGAUUUUAUUGAUUUUCAAAAAUUAUAACACCCUUAGACCGAUUAGUCAAGACACAUUUUGUGCUAUAAAAUUGCAAAGUUUUUGUUUGGAAAAUAGUGAGUAUUUUUGAUGAUUUCUUAUCUUUUUUUUAAUCUCUACAAGACUGCGUGGGUCAAAAUUGUUUUCUCGAAUCAGGGACUUGCUCCAUAUCAAAUGAAUAAUGUCCUAUUGUUUAAAAUUCAUAAAAUAAAAAAAAAUGUCUAGAAUUUCUUCCUUGGAAAUUUUGGGCAAUGGCGUUUACUAGAAACUUGAUUUUAAGACAAAACUGUCAAAUUUUAUAGUAAGUAUGUAUGUGUUCUGGCUAAUAUAUUUUUUUGUUUAUUAUAAAUCUUGGAAAGAUCCUUAACAACAAAAGACAAUUUUUUUCUACAGAAUCGAACAAAAACAUUAAGAAAUAAAGAAAGGGUAAGUGUUUGUAUAUCUAAGAAAAAGAAAACAAAUUAAAAAUAAUAAAAAAAAAAAAACAAAUUGAAAAUACAAAAUGUAUAAAAAUUAAUGAAGGAAAAUAUUAUACAUAAAAUUUUUGUGAAUAUCACUUUGAGGAUAUAAUUAGUUGAGUCUACCACACACGUACUUCAAAAUAUAUAGCUGAGAAAAACCACAGGAAAAUGCUUAUUUUAGAAUGGAGACAUAUUGAUGAAAAUUGUUCACAAUAAGUAUCAUAAGUUGUACAAUUUUUUUUCUUCCUGAUUUUUUUUUAAAGUAUAAUAGGUAUUAAUUUAAGUAAUAAUAAUUGAUUUAAGAACACUUCAAUUCAAAUUGUGAGAUUUGUACGUAGUUCUACAUGAUCGUAUUCUCAUUUUUAAAAAAAAAUGGAGGAAUAUGAAUUAUAAAAACUGAAAAUAAAAGAAUAAAGAAAAUUUAAAGACUGUGUUGAAUAUUUUCGAUAAAAAAUAAGAAACCUUCCGUGUAGAACUACGAAGAAUUUUUCACAUUGUAAUUUGAUAUUACCUGAAUUUAUCAGGUUUGAGAAGUUUGAAGAGGUUGGUGUCAUAAGAAAUGAAUGAUUUUGGUGAGUUCUUAAUCAAAAUUAAUGAAUAAUUUUGACAGGGAGUUUUAUUUAGUUCAAUCACUGUACAUUUUGAAUUUUAUUGUAUUAAAAUAUAAAAAUUUUCAAAUGAA